UGGCUGACUCUAUUGCGAACGACGCCACUAGGGGCGGGCCGAGAGGAGCGCAAGCGCACUGCGUUGCUAGUCUUGGGACCCCUUUCCAAGAGACUAUGGCGCUCAACAAGAAUCACUCGGAGGGCGGCGGAGUGAUCGUCAACAACACCGAGAGCAUCCUCAUGUCCUAUGAGCAUGUGGAACUUACGUUCAAUGACAUGAAGAAUGUGCCAGAGGCCUUCAAAGGGACCAAGAAAGGCACCGUUUACCUUACCCCUUACCGGGUCAUCUUUCUGUCCAAGGGGAAGGACGCCAUGCGGUCCUUCAUGAUGCCGUUUUAUCUGAUGAAGGACUGUGAGAUCAAGCAGCCCGUGUUCGGUGCAAACUACGUCAAGGGGACAGUGAAGGCUGAGGCAGGAGGUGGCUGGGAAGGCUCUGCUUCAUACAAGCUGACCUUCACGGCAGGGGGCGCCAUCGAGUUCGGACAGCGGAUGCUGCAGGUGGCGUCGCAAGCCUCCCGAGGCGAAGCCCCCCCUGGAGCCUAUGGGUACUCCUACCUGCCCACCGGGCCCUAUGUCUUCCCCCCGCCCGUCGCCAAUGGAAUGUACCCCUGCCCUCCUGGCUACCCCUACCCACCGCCCCCACCUGAGUUCUAUCCAGGACCUCCCAUGAUGGACGGGGCCAUGGGAUACGUGCAGCCCCCACCACCGCCCUACCCGGGGCCCAUGGAGCCGCCGGUCAGCGGCCCUGAGGUCCCUUCCACUCCUGCAGCCGAAGCCAAGGCCGCAGAAGCAGCUGCCAGCGCCUACUACAACCCGGACAACCCGCACACCGUCUACAUGCCCACGAACCAGCCUCCGCCCCCUCCCUACUACCCCCCGGAGGACAAGAAGACCCAGUAGACCCCCCGCCUCCUGCCUCUCAUCACUCAUCCUCGUUCCUCCCCUCCCCUGGGGGCCGGGUCUGGGGUGGGUGAUGGGGAGGCCUUGUUCUUCCUCCAGGUCUGACUAUAAAACACUUGCCAGGAACUGCAUCCAUGGAAGGGAGGGGCCCCUUGGCUGGGAGCUGCACCCCCAGCUCCCCACACUCUCCCGGGGCCCACAGGUGCCCAGCGCACUUCCUCGCAGCAUCCGGGGCUCUCCUCGGGGCGGGCGUCCCCCAGUCCCUGUCUUGCUCUAGUAGCUUCUACCCACGGAGGGACUCUCUGGCCACCUCCUCUGCCGCAGUCCAGCUCCCUCGUUUGGCAGCCACGUUGUCCUCGGCCUCCGGUCCCCCCAAGGGCCCGGCAGCCCUGCUCACAUUCCCUGCCCUCGGCCUGGGCCUGGCCAUGGAGGCCCCUCCGCCGACUGUCAGCUCACAUUCCAUCCCCAGCAGCCUCCGGCGUCACACCCCCCUCCCCCCGCCGCCCCCCUCCUGGUCAUUCGUUGCCACUGCUGUGACGUGUUUAACGUGAGCUUCCAGGGGAGGGUGCGUCCGGGCCGGACACUGAGGCUCAGGAGGGAGCCCCCUGCUUCCUGCUAGUGUUUCUGGGUUGGUAUCCCUCGGCCUGUCCCGUCCAGAAGGGGCUCCUGGGACUGGAGAAGGCGUGUGCGUCCCAGCAGGCCACUGGGGGCGGCCGGGUGGGCUGGAACACAGGCCGCUGCCCCCGGGACCCGCCUGGGUGGCUGACCCGACGGCUCCGCGCCCCUCGCCGGCCCUCUUCCCCUUACGCCUGGCGACGCGCCCGGGGGCACUCAGAUUUGCUCCCGCCUGCUCCCGGACUGGCCGUGCAGCGAGGAGAUGGUGAUGUAAAGAGAAUUCCCUAUUUAUUUGACAAAACAAUUCCAGUUAAUAUAUUAAUGUGAAAUAAACCCUGUGUGCACCUUGA